AUGGCGAGCGACAGUGACGAGGACGAGCUUCUCCAGAUGGCGUUAAAGGAGCAAUCUCAGCGAGAUCUCAACUAUGGCAAAUCCUCUUCCAAUCCUCGUAAACCCGUCGCCAACUACGUUCAACCUCCGUCCUCUCAACCUAAGAGGUCAGGGCCUCCCGCCACCGCAAAACAUCCGCAAUCAAAAGGGAGAGUGGUUGACGACGACGAUGAUUCCGAAGUGGAGAUGCUUAGCAUAUCCAGCGGUGAUGAGGAUAACGUCAAAGAUCAGGUUACAACGUCGAAGAAUCGGGGUACUGGAAGAGCACCGGCAAAGGAGGAUGAUCGGACCUGGGAUGGAGAGGAGCCUAGUCGAUGGAAGCAUGUUGACGAAGCUGAGCUUGCUCGUAGGGUUCGUGAAAUGAGAGAAACAAGGACAGCACCUGUGGCUCAAAAAUUUGUGGCUCCAAAAUUUGAAAGAAAAAAUUCUGCAGUGGCUAGAAAGGGGCUAACCUACUUACAGUCAUUUCCCCGUGGCAUGGAAUGUGUUGAUCCACUGGGUUUGGGGAUCAUAGACAACAGAACACUGAAGUUGAUCACCGAGUCUUCUUCAGAUACUUCUCCUAAGAGCGACAAGGAUCUAGAUAGCAGCCUACGUGAAAAAUUGCUGUAUUUUUCGGAGAAAUUUGAUGCAAAAUUGUUCUUAUCACGGAUACACUGUAAUACAAGUGCUGCUGAUCUGGAGGCUGGCGCGUUGGCUUUGAAGACUGACUAUAAAAGUCGUACUGAGCAGAGAAAGCAGUUGGUUAAGGACAACUUUGACUGCUUUGUCUCCUGCAAAACCACAAUUGAUGAUAUUGAGUCAAAGUUAAGACGAAUUGAGGAUGACCCUGAAGGGUCUGGGACUUCCCAUUUGUAUAGUAUUAUUCAAGGGGUUAGCUUGCAGGCUAAUCGUGCUUUGAAGCCUUUAUUUGAGCGCCAGGCUCAAGCAGAAAAAAUUAGGACUGUUCAAGGAAUGCUACAGAGGUUCCGUACACUUUUCAACCUACCAAGUACUAUUCGUGGCAGCAUUAGCAAGGGUGAAUAUGAUUUGGCUGUCAGGGAGUACAAGAAGGCCAAGUCAAUUGCUCUGCCCUCUCAUAUUCAGGUAGGGAUCCUAAAACGUGUUCUUGAAGAGGUUGAAAAAGUAAUGAAUGAGUUCAAGUCCAUGCUUUUCAAGUCUAUGGAAGAUCCGCACAUAGAUAUAACAAAUCUUGAGAAUACAGUGAGGUUAUUGAUGGAUUUGGAACCGGAGUCAGAUCCUGUAUGGCACUAUUUGAAUAUACAGAAUCAGAGAAUACGUGGUUUACUUGAGCAGUGUACAUUAGACCACGAGAUCAGAAUGGAAAAUUUGCGUAGCGAGUUGCACGAAAAGGCUCUUUCUGAUGCCAGAUGGAAGCAGAUUCAUGAAGAACUGAACGAACCUUCAGAUAUCAACAACUCUCUCAGUAAUACCUAUCCUGCGGUCCAGUCUCAUCCAGUAGAUCUAACUGGUGAAGAGGUGGAUGGUCUAAGGGGAAGGUAUAUCCGGAGAUUAACUGCUGUAAUCAUCCAUUAUAUACCAGCCUUCUGGAAGAUUGCACUCUCUGUUUUCAGUGGAAAAUUUGCUAAGUCUUCUCAAGUUCCCACAGAUUCAAAUUCCAAUAAUUCUGCAAAUAAAAUUGAAGAAAAAGCUGGAGAUGGGAAAUACUCAAGUCAUUCCCUUGAUGAAGUUUCCGCAAUGAUAUGCAGCACAAUAUCACUGUAUGGAGUCAAGGUCACUAACAUUUUUCAUGAUCUAGAGGAAUCAAAUGUCCUCCAGUCCUACAUGAGUGAUGCCAUUGAAGAUAUAUCUAAAGCAUGUGCAGCAUUGGAAUUGAAGGAAGCAGCUCCUCCGGUUGCGGUUGCUGCUCUGCGAACACUGCAACCAGAGAUUAUAAGGAUUUAUGUUCUAAGGCUUUGCUCUUGGAUGCGAGCAUCAGUUGAAGAGGUUUCAAAGGAUGUGUCAUGGGUUAUUGUUUCAAUUCUUGAAAGGAACAAAUCCCCGUAUGCAAUCUCUUACCUGCCAUUAACAUUCCGUUCAGCUGUAGCUUCAGCAAUGGAUCAGAUCAAUUUAAUGCUUCGGUCCUUAAGGAAUGAGGCAACAAAAUCAGAGGAUACAUUUAUCCAACUUCAAGAAAUUCAAGAAUCUGUUAGACUUGCAUUUUUAAACUGUUUCCUGGAUUUUGCUGGUAAUUUAGAGCGUAUUGGAAUUGAACUAGGCCAACAUAGCUCACACGAAGAAGGCUCCCAUUUACCUAAUGGAUAUACACAUAAAGUAGAAGAAAGUGCAACUGAUUUUGGAGGGGGCGUUUCUGAUCCCCAUCAACAGUUAUUGAUUGUACUAAGCAAUAUUGGAUAUUGCAAAGAUGAACUUUCUUACGAGUUGUAUGACAAAUACAGACAUAUCUGGCAGCACUCCAGGGGGAAGGAUGAAGUCAACAGUGAUGUACAAGAUCUUGUAAUUUGUUUCUCAGGGCUUGAAGAGAAGGUCCUUGAACAUUAUACUUUUGCAAAGGCUACCUUGAUCAGAUCUGCUGCUACGAGUUAUCUGUUGAAUUCUGGCAUUCAAUGGGGUGCAGCACCUUCAGUAAAAGGUGUCCGCGAUGCAGCAGUAGAGUUGCUUCACACAUUGGUAGCUGUGCAUGCAGAGGUUUUUGCUGGUGCUAAACCUCUCUUGGAUAAAACACUUGGCAUUCUUGUGGAAGGCUUGAUUGACACGUUCAUCAGCAUUUUUCACGAAAAUGAAAGCACCGAUCUUAGGUUACUUGAUACAAAUGGAUUCUGUCAACUCAUGCUUGAGCUUGAGUACUUCGAGACGGUUUUAAACCCAUAUUUCACAUCUGACGCAAGAGACUCCUUGAAGUCUUUACAAGGACUUCUUUUAGAAAAAGCUACGGAGAGUGCGACUGACGUUGUUGACAAUCCAGGACAUAACCGUCGGGCAACUCGUGGUAGUGAAGAUGCAGCUGCAGACGAUAAACAAGGAACAACUGUAUCACCAGACGAGCUCAUUUCUCUUGCACAGCAGUACAGCUCAGAGUUCAUUCAAUCAGAACUUGAGCGGACGCGCAUUAAUACGGCAUGCUUUGCAGAAUCUAUUCCUUUGGACUCUGUGCCAGACGCGGCCAAAUUUGCAUACUCUCCCUACAGGAACUCAAUGGAUUCUCCUAGCAGAUCCUCCCGAGGUACAUAUAAUACUGGAUCCUCAACUUUCUCACGGCAAAGAUAUUGA